CUGGGCUGUGUGGAGGGGCAUUUGCCUCCAAUGCUGGGAGAGGCGAUGAGACCCUAUACAUAACCUUAUCAACUAAUGUUACAAACAGUAAUGAGUGAUUACUGCCCUGGCUGGGGCGCUUCGAGGACUGGUGUGUAAGAUGGGCAGGACCCUGCGCAACAUCUGCCCAGUGUCAGCCGGGAGUCAGUCUUCCCGGGAGACCAUCCUCUUUCACAAUAUUUCUCUCCCGGGGCUCGGGCCUCCUUCCUUUACUUCCGAUCUCCGUGAUUUCCCAUGCGGACCAGCUGCGCGCUCUCUCUGACCUCUAAUGCCCUCUUCAGCUGUGGCAUUGUGCACGGAAGAGAAUGGUGCAGAGAGGACAGCCGGGGGGUGAAGGGGACAACCGAAGGUCGCCAGUAUAAGCAAACAACCACGCUCGCUCACUUUUUUUCCCCUCUGCAGACUGAAAAAAUGCAGACCACCGCGGCACUGCUCAUUUCGCCGACUCUGAUCCGCUGCUGUACCAGGGGUCUAAUCAGACCUAUGUCUGCCUCCUUCCUGAAUAGGCCAGAGUAUUCAUCUAAACAGCCUUCCUACAACAGCUCCCCACUCCAGGUGGCCCGAAGGGAGUUCCAGACCAGUAUUGUCUCCCGGGACAUUGACACAGCAGCCAAGUUUAUUGGUGCUGGGGCAGCCACAGUUGGUGUGGCUGGUUCAGGAGCUGGCAUUGGAACGGUGUUUGGCAGCUUGAUCAUUGGCUAUGCCAGGAACCCGUCUCUCAAGCAGCAGCUCUUCUCCUACGCCAUUCUGGGCUUUGCCCUGUCUGAGGCCAUGGGGCUCUUCUGUUUGAUGGUUGCCUUCCUCAUCCUAUUCGCCAUGUGAGGCUCCAUGAGGGUCACCUACCUGUUCCUGCUGCUGGGACUCCAUGCCAUUCCUGGUGCUGGGGUGUGCUAAGCUUUACCAUUAAACACAACUUUCUCUAAA